AUGUCCACAAUCACACUGGCUACCAGGUGGAGAGUAAAUUUCUUCCUACUGGGAAUUGCUUCUUUGUACCUGAGGGGUAAUUUAAAUCCUUGGCCUGAAAUGUUUUUCAACUGUGGGCCUAAUGUGCUGCAUCAAGACAACAGAGCCCCGCAAGCUGCAUUCUUUUCACCUCUUCAAAAAGUGAUGUUGCCACCAAAUACCUUCCAAGGAAAAGUGGCCUUUAUAACUGGUGGAGGUACUGGACUUGGCAAAGGGAUGACAACAACUUUGUCCAGCUUAGGUGCCAAGUGUGUUAUAGCGAGCCGGAAGCUCGAUGUUUUGAAAGGAACAGCAGAAGAAAUUUCUUCUAAAACAGGGAAUAAGGUUCAUGCCAUCCAGUGCGAUGUCAGAGAUCCAGCUUCAGUUAAGAAUGCUGUAGCUGAAGCAAUCCAAGUGGCAGGACAUCCUGAUAUUGUGAUAAACAACGCAGCUGGAAACUUCAUUUCCCCUUCUGAGCGACUUUCUGCUAAUGCAUGGAAAACAAUAACUGAUAUUGUGCUUAAUGGUACUGCUUUUGUAACUCUGGAAAUCGGAAAGGAGCUCAUUAAAGUACAAAAAGGAGCAGCAUUUCUGGCUAUCACAACAAUUUAUGCAGAAAGUGGUUCAGGAUUUGUGUUGCCAAGUGCCUCUGCCAAAGCUGGUGUAGAAGCAAUGAGCAAGUCACUUGCGGCUGAAUGGGGUAAAUAUGGCAUGAGAUUCAAUGUGAUUCAACCAGGUCCAAUAAAAACAAAGGGUGCUUUUAGCCGCCUUGACCCAACAGGCACAUUUGAAAAGAAAAUGAUUGAGAGGAUUCCCUGCGGCCGUCUGGGAACUGUAGAAGAAAUUGCAAAUCUUGCUGCCUAUUUCUGCAGUGACUAUGCAAGCUGGGUUAAUGGAGCAGUUAUUAGAAUGGAUGGUGGAGAAUAUGUUUCUAUGGCAGGAGAAUUCAAUGAUUUGAAGAAGGUUACCAAAGAGCAGUGGGAUAUAAUGGAAGCAAUGAUUAGAAAAACAAAAGGGUCCUAAAUUAUGUGACUGGAAUAUGGUGGAGAUUUUUCGACAUGAACCACUACUUUUUCAUGAAUACUUACAAAUAACCAAUAGAGAGCUAGCCUUUAAGAUACUUCUUACGCUGAUUUCAAUAAAAUAUUUUGAAAUUGUC